GACCAGACUCAAGUUGUCUACGCACAAGGGUCCAACCUGACAUGGGCAAAGACAGGUGCAAAGCAAGUCUCUGCAAUCGGUAAUGACGAAAAACGCACGUUCACAGUUGUCAUCUCGGUUGCCAAUGACGGCACGAUGCUUCCGCUGCAAGCUAUCUACCAAGGCCACUCAAAAAUGUCGUGUCCAAAUCCAUUGGCUGCGAACUAUGAAAAUUGCAUCAAGGAAAAUUUUCAUUUCGAGUUUUCAAACACAAAAAAUUACUGGUCAACACAAGCAACAAUG